AUGCUGUCUGUUAACAUUUCAUCAUACACAGGUCCCUCGGGGUACCAGCUAUCCGAGCUUUCAAAGCCAGAGCUUCGAUCUGCGAAAGAUGUGAUCAUCAAAGUCCACGCAGCCAGUAUCAACCCAAUCGACGUGAAAAAGGCCGAUGGAGCUCUGAAGAUGGCACUUCAGGAUUCCUUCCCAUAUAAGAUUGGCUAUGAUUGUGCCGGUAUAGUCACAGAAGUCGGAUCAGGUGUGACCAGGUGUAAAGUCGGUGACGAAGUCUAUACUCGACUUCCAGAGGUAUCCCGAGGUUCAUUGAGUGAAUUCGUCCCCUGCGCAGAGCAAUACAUUGCUAUCAAACCUCCAUCGUUAUCUUUCGAGGAAGCAGCUUCCAUUCCACUUGCGGGCAUGACCGCUCUCCAGGCACUUAGGAGAUACAAAGGCGAUCUAGCGGGAAAGACGGUUUUCGUACCGGCAGGCCUAAGUGGCACCGGCCUAUUCGCAUGCCAACUCGCCAAGAAAGUCUUCAAAGCCGGAAAGGUAAUCACAACAGUCUCAACUUCAAAAGUCGACAAAGUGAGCGAGCUACUAGGCGAAGGAACCGUCGAUGAAAUAAUCGACUACACAAAAUCAGACCCAAGAACCGUUAUCGAAACCGGCUCAGUGGACUUCCUCUUCGAUACAACCGGAGCUGCAAUGGAACAUCUCUGCCUGAUGCGAGCACAGUCUGGAUGCAUCGUAUCUGUCGCGACUAUGCCAUCAGGUGACGAAUUACAGAAUUCACCAUUGAUGCAAUUACCACAUAAUCCUCGGCUGCCCAUGGCUGUGAAAAUGUUUCUUAAUGCCAUGGACUGUGUGCGGAAGUUACGGGCCAGGCGGUAUGGAGCGGAAUACUCGUAUUUGCUUUUGGGGUCGACUGGUCAAGACUUGGAUGAUUUGCGUGGGUAUGUUGAGGAUGGGAGAUUGAGGACGGUUGUUGGGAAUACUGUGAAGCUUGCGGAUAUUGAAGCUGUGCGGAGUGCUUGUCAGGUUGUAUAUAGCGGGAGGGGGGGUCUUGGGAAGACGGUGGUUAAGGUUAUUUAA